AUGAAGCUAAUAGCAACUCUCGGGUUAUUCGGUGCGGCGAUAUUAGCUGUGGAAGCGAGUGCCGAGAUAGAUAUAACCGUCCCUCGCCUUCCCAAGCAGAAUAACUAUCCACCAAGCGGGUCUCAGCUGACAGCUAACCCACCUGGAAACAAAUCCUAUGAAUAUAUCAUCGUAGGUUCUGGCGCCGGGGGCUCUCCCCUUGCAGCCCGGUUGGCACUCGCGGGCCACAGUGUUCUGCUGAUCGACGCCGGUGGCGACCACGGUAGGUUACGCGAAGUCGAGAUCCCAACUCUCUAUAUCGGGGCAUCGGAAAGGACCGAGCUGAGCUGGGGUUUCUUUACUCGACACUAUGAAGACGAUGCGCAGACCAAGAGAGAUAGAAAGUUGACGUACCUCACCCCAGAUGGAGAUUAUUACAGUGGCGUGAACCCCCCGGAAGGCUCCGAGGUGCUCGGGAACUACUACCCUCGCGUCGGCGGGUUAGGGGGCUGUACUCAACAUCUAGCUCUGGUGCCCCUUGCGCCAGCGAGAAACGACUGGGACUAUAUCAAGAACCUGACAGGUGAUCAGAACUGGGGCGCGGAGAACAUGAGAGGUUACUUCAGAAAACUAGAAAAGAAUCAAUAUCUUUCUCCCAAGGAUGAUACCACCGAGGCCCAUGGAUUCAACGGGUGGUUCCCGACAACUAUCGAGCCUCUGGCGCUAUACACCAACGAUUUGAAUUUCGUCUCCAUUAUCCUCUCAGCCGCCUCUGCUAUGGGAAUUCAGACAGAUAGUACCUUAAGCUACAUUCGAAACUCCAUUAGGGGUAAUGGCAUUGCCGGGAAAGUAUUGCCACCGAGGAUCGCGCAGAAAAUCGCAGAUCGUCUUGAUAAACUCCUAGAGUACGACAUCAACAACAACUCUCCAGACCGCGACGGCAUCUCGGUGUUCAGCCGUGUCCCCCUAUCUAUCAGUUCCCCCGAGUGGAAGCGCUCGACGCCACGGAACUGGAUCUACGACAUAGCCACGGCUAAGAACGCCGACGGCUCGAAGAAGUAUCCCUUAGACAUUGCGCUGCAUACUCUCGUUACGAAAGUGAGCUUCGAUACUACGGGCGAUAAACCCAAGGCUACCGGUGUCGACUACCUAUAUGGCGAAGCUCUAUACCGGGCCGAUCCCCGGUCUAGACCCACCGGAAAAUCCGGUACUCCCGGAUCCGUCUCGGCGACUCGCGAGGUCAUCGUCUCAGGGGGAGCUUUCAACACGCCACAGAUCUUGAAACUCUCUGGCAUCGGUCCCGCUACGGAGCUAGAAAAACUCGACAUCCCAGUUAUCAAGGACCUCCCCGGCGUCGGCGGCAACCUACAGGACCGAUACGAAACCGGUGUAACGGUCGCAUCGUCGAGUAACUUCACGCUCUUCCAAAACUGCACAUUCCUCACAACAGCCGACGACCCAUGCUACGAAACAUGGGCGCAGCCAGCUUCCAACGCCCUAGCACACGGCUCGUACGCCACCGACGGCAUCGCCAUGGGCAUGUUCCUGCGAUCGUCGACUGCGGGCCCCGACCAGGACCUAUGGGUAGGCGGCGUCCCGGGUCUAUACCAGGGGUACUUCCCGGGCAUGGGCAGCACGGUGGUCACGCCGGCCGAGAAGAACUACUUCACGUGGCUGGUGCUCAAGGCGCGCUCGCGCAACAACGCCGGCACCGUAAACCUGACUAGUGCCGAUCCCCGCGACACGCCGCGUAUCACGUUCCGCAACUUCGGCGAGGGUGACAUUUCUCGCGCGGCGGACGCAGAUAAGGACUUGCAGGCUGUGGUGGACGGCAUGCGUCUAGCGAUCUCAAUCUUCGACAACCUGGAGCCUCUCGAGACUGGCGAGUCAUUCGAGCGCGUGUGGCCACCUGCUGAGAUACGAUCAGACGAGGACUUGAAGCAGUGGGCGCGCGACGAGGCGUGGGGUCAUCACGCUUCGUGUACUUGCCCGAUCGGUGCGGAUGACGACCCCUUGGCUGUUUUAGAUGGCCAAUUCCGCGUUCGCGGGGUGGAUGGGCUGAGAGUCGUGGAUGCGUCGGUGUUCCCGAAGAUCCCGGGGUUGUUUCCUGUGGUGGGGAUUUAUAUGUUGGCUGAAAAGGCGGCUGAUGAUAUCCUCGCGGAUGCAAGAUAA